UAUGCUUUUAUUUCUAUUUAUUUGAUAUUACGAUAGCUUUAAGUCAGUUAUAGUCACGUGUAUUGAACAACAGUUUUAAUUGAAAAUCAGUGAUAAACUAAUAAUAAAGUUAUUGUUAUACUGUAGAAGACAUCACCAUUUAGUUGGUCCACAUAUAUCAUGAGUAAACGUCAGACUCCUAGUGAGUUCUUGAAGCAAAUCAUUGGUCGACCGGUUGUCGUCAAACUCAACUCUGGUGUUGAUUACAGAGGAGUGUUGGCGUGUCUCGAUGGCUAUAUGAACAUUGCAUUGGAACAAACUGAAGAGUAUGUCAACGGACAACUCAAGAAUAAAUAUGGCGACGCUUUCAUCAGAGGAAACAAUGUUCUUUACAUAAGUACACAAAAGAGAAGAAUCCAAAAGUGAAACAAUCAUUCAUUACUUGAAAAUUUUGUCACAAAUCGAUAUCAUUUAAUAACAUUUAAUAACAUUUUUAUUUAAAUUAUAAAAUGAUUAAAACAUUACUUUUUAUAUAAUUA